UCAAUCAGUUCUCAAGGCAGAACUCUUCUCAUAAGGGCACCGUGUGGCGUCUCUGAAAUCCGUGCAAGUUUUCCUCUCCCAAGGCAGGGAGAACGCAGGUGCAUGGAGAAAUAAACAUGGCCUUGCUCCUGGUGUCUCUGCUGGCAUUCAUGAGCUUGGGCUCCGGAUGUCAUCAUCGGCUCUGUCACUGCUCUAACAGAGUUUUUCUCUGCCAAGAAAGCAAGGUGACAGAGAUUCCCUCCGACCUCCCCAGGAAUGCAGUCGAACUGAGGUUUGUCCUCACCAGGCUUCGAGUCAUCCCAAAAGGAGCGUUUUCGGGAUUUGGGGAGCUGGAGAAAAUAGAGAUCUCUCAGAAUGAUGUCUUAGAAGUGAUAGAGGCAGAUGUGUUCUCCAACCUACCCAAGUUACAUGAAAUAAUUGAAAAGGCCAACAACCUGCUGUACAUCAACCCUGAGGCCUUCCGGAACCUUCCCAACCUCCGAUAUCUGUUAAUAUCCAACACAGGUAUCAGGCACUUGCCAACUGUUCACAAGAUUCAGUCUCUGCAGAAGGUUUUACUAGACAUUCAAGACAACAUCAACAUCCAGACAGUUGAAAGGAAUUCCUUUGUGGGGCUGAGUUUUGAAAGUGUGAUUUUAUGGCUGAAUAAGAAUGGGAUUCAAGAAAUACACAACUGUGCAUUCAAUGGAACCCAACUAGAUGAACUGAACCUAAGUGAUAAUAAUAAUUUGGAAGAAUUGCCGAAUGAUGUUUUCCAGGGAGCCUCUGGACCUGCCAUUCUAGAUGUUUCAAGAACAAAGAUCCACUCCCUGCCUAGUGGUGGCUUAGAAAAUCUUAAGAAGCUGAGGGCCAGGUCAACAUACAAUUUAAAAAAGCUUCCUAAUCUGGAAAAGUUCAUCGCCCUCACAGAGGCCAGUCUCACCUACCCAAGCCAUUGCUGUGCCUUUGCAAACUGGAGACGGAAAACCUCUGAACUGCAUCCAAUUUGCAACAAAUCUAUUUUAGGGCAAGAAGUUGAGGACAUAACUCAGGCUAGGGGUCAGAGAAUCUCUUUGGCAGAAGAUGAUGAGUCCAGUUAUGGCAGAGGAUUUGACAUGAUGUAUGGUGAAUUUGACUAUGACUUAUGCAAUGAAAUGGUUGAUGUGACCUGCUCCCCUAAGCCAGAUGCGUUCAACCCAUGUGAAGAUAUCAUGGGGUACAACACCCUCAGAGUCUUGAUAUGGUUUAUUAGCAUUUUAGCCAUCACUGGGAAUAUCGUAGUGCUGAUGAUCCUGCUUACCAGCCAGUACAAACUCACUGUCCCCCGGUUCCUUAUGUGUAACCUGGCCUUUGCUGAUCUCUGCAUUGGAAUUUACCUGUUGCUCAUAGCGUCCGUUGAUAUUCACACCAAAAGCCAAUACCACAACUAUGCCAUUGACUGGCAAACUGGAGUUGGCUGUGAUAUUGCUGGCUUCCUCACUGUCUUUGCCAGUGAACUCUCAGUCUACACUCUGACGGCCAUCACCCUGGAAAGGUGGCAUACCAUCACCCAUGCCAUGCAGCUGAACUGCAAGGUGCAGCUCCGCCACGCUGCCAGCAUCAUGGUGAUGGGCUGGAUCUUCUCUUUUGCUGCUGCCCUCUUUCCCAUCUUCGGCAUCAGUAGCUACAUGAAGGUGAGCAUCUGCCUGCCCAUGGAUAUUGACAGCCCUCUGUCACAGCUCUAUGUCAUGUUCCUCCUUGUGCUCAAUGUUCUGGCUUUUGUGGUCAUCUGUGGCUGCUAUACUCACAUCUACCUCACAGUGAGGAACCCUAACAUCAUGUCCUCCUCCAGUGACACCAAAAUCGCCAAGCGCAUGGCCACACUCAUCUUCACUGACUUCCUCUGCAUGGCACCAAUCUCUUUCUUUGCCAUUUCAGCCUCGCUCAAGGUGCCCCUCAUCACCGUGUCCAAGGCAAAGAUCCUCCUGGUCCUGUUCUACCCCAUCAAUUCCUGUGCCAACCCCUUCCUCUAUGCCAUCUUCACCAAGACUUUUCGAAGGGAUUUCUUCAUUCUGCUGAGCAAGUUUGGCUGCUAUGAAACACAAGCCCAAAUUUAUAGGACAGAAUUCUCAUCCACUGUCCACAACUCCCAGCCAAGGAAUGGCCACUGCUCUCCAGCUCCGAGAGUCACCAAUAGCUCUAGUUACAUUCUUGUACCUCUAAGCCAUUUAGCCAAGAACUCAAACACAAUGGGAAAAUGUUCCUGAGUGAUAAUUAAGUAUUGCCUUUGAAGAAUAUACUGCAAGAUAUCUGACAGAGAGCUUCCACAUCUUUCAUUUAAUUUAAUCUUCCCGGCAUACCAGUAAGGUGAAUUGGUCAGAGUUGUUCAUUUAAUGUGACACAUGAGAAUUAUUAACAGUAAUAAUUAAAAUAAUACAACACUAAAUCACAUUUGUUUUAAAGCGUUUUUGUUUAGAUUACCUUGAAGAAUCCCUCUAAAAGUUCUUUUAAAUAGGAGGCAAAAAUUAUUCCUAGAGUUUUGCAAAUGAAAAAAACUAAGAAUCAAAAAACUAAGUAACUGGUUCCAAAUCACUUGGCUCCUAAGAGGCAGUGCAAGGAUAAGGUUUCCUGACUUCCAGAUAACUUUCAGGAGAAGCACCACAGUAUUCACACAUUCAUUCAUUCAACAAGUUUUUCUUGAGCACCCAUGAGAUGGACUUGUACUGUAUCAAUCUGGAUAGGCCAAACUACAUUUCCCAGAAUUCCUUUUCUCAUCUUUCCAAUUAGUGUGUGCCACAAGGAAGAUUCUUGGGAAAAUAGGAGAGACUGAGGGAAGUCGCUGCCAUUUUAUAGCUCAACACACUUUGUUGCCCUCGCGAUUGAACUGCUUGCUUCAAAGCCGCAGCUGGCAGUGUUCGCAUUUGGGCUACUUCUUGCUACUCUCACAGGAUACUUCCUUCAGCACAGCCAGAGGGAAUAAGGAACAGAGCUCAGAAUGUCCUCAUUAGGCUGUAGCUUGCUGCUUCCAGCAUGUAUGUGAUCUUCCCUUUAUGACCCCUGCCUUGAGGGUGUCAAGCUUCAGCAGCAGCUGCGGAGACAACAUCCUUACAGAGUUGGUUUAAACAAUCCCUCUAAUUGCAUAGCCAAUUCCCUGUAGCAAAUAUUUACCAUCUACACACACACACACACACACACACACAUUUAUGAUUGGUUCUGCUUCCCUGGUUGAACCCUAACGAGGAGAAAAUACCCCUAAUGUAUGACACACAUACAGAUUACAGCAUUAAGAACACUGAAGGUUUGGAAUCAGACAGAGCUGAGAUUUUUAUUCAGAUUCCAGGAUAAGCCACAACUCAAGUUUAGCACAAGGCUCAGCUUCUUCCUCUUUGCACUAAAGUUUGUUAUAUACCUAACUUUUGGGCAUUUUGUAUCAGUAGAUAGUGAAAUGAUUGUAAGGUACCACACACUGUAGCCAGCUUGUUAAAUGUUAGUUUAUUUCUCUCCUCCAAGAUCAAGUGCCUGGACUAGUGCCCAGCUCUCCUGACCCUCAGUCUAGAUUUCAUUCCAUACAACACUUCACUCCUGAUAAAUAAGCACACUACGCACAUCCAUUUUCAUAAACGACGCCAUCUGGAUAAUUGGAUCAAAAUCUCAACCAUAAAUUUCAUCAAGCACUGUGCCUUGGCCAGUCCACGGAACUCUGCAUCUUCUCUCAAAGUAUCCUCUUUCAACACUGAAGCCAAUCCUCCUCCUCUUACUCUUUAGAAAACAACUCCAAAAUGUGAUCCCAAAGGUAUGAACAAGGAAGUCCUCAUCUCUGCUACAUCUCAACAUUUUGCAAGCAUCAAGGGAAAAAUAAAAUAAUAUACAAUAGUUUUCCUUGCAAAUGGUACUGAAUUUUUCUAUCUAGUACUGCAGCCACCAGCCACAUAUGGCUGCUGAGCAUUUGAAAUGAGGCUAGCUUGAACUGAGAUUCAUACUACAUAUAUACAUACUAGAUUUCAAGCACUUGUACAAAGGGGAAAGAAGAAUAAACAAUUGCUCAAUAAUUUUUAUAUUGAUUACAGGUAAGAACACCAUGUACAAUUUUGGAUAUAUUGAGAUAAAUGGAAGACAUUUAAAAUUUUGUUUCCCCUAUUUCUUCUUACAUUUUUUAAUAUGACUAUCAGAAAAUUUUAAAUUAUCCAUGUGGCUUGCAUUUGUGGUGUGCAUUGCUUUUCUCUUGGAGAGCACUGAUCUACAGCUCUGUGGAACAAAGACCUUACAUUUCACGUUUUCCUCCACAACCCCCACAUAUCAGUUUGCUGCACUGCUGAGCUGUCCCAGCUCCAUCUGCCGUCAUUCUUGUUUGUGGCCAGGGGUAAUUUUCUGAAUUUGGACCCAAAAGUAAGUAGCAACUAAAUUAUAAAUAAGAUAGAGCAGUAAUUAUUUCCCAACAGAGCUGUUAGUGACACACUGGUUUAAGAGAUUGUGGCUCCAAGAGCCAUAUAUGUCCAGAGAUGAAUGCAUCCCUAGGGAAGCUCAGAAGGCACUCCCCCUUCCAUCAACCUGUCACUGCAACACUUCCUUGUAAGACAUGAGACUUAUCCUAAAUAAGCAAACAUAUUUAUGAGUAGCUAAAUUCAGUUUGUCUAAACCCUUUAGACAAGUCUCAACUAAAAUGGCCCCUUCCUAUAUUUCCUUUAUUGGAAUAGAACCUUUGGAAUCCAAUCAAUCCCUCUUCCCCCACCUCUAAAGCUGGGCCUCAAGUGGUGGCCUAAUGGAAACACACACACAAACAUACACACACACACAUACACAGGAAAAUAAGCUUAAAGCACAAAAUAAUACAAAUUUGGCUUUUAUUUCAAGUCUCUAAUGUCAUCAACAGGACUAAUAGCUUCUAGAGACUUCCUAAAGUGCCCAUACCUCCAGGGCUGAUAUGUAAAACAUUAACAAGUGGUAUAGUUCAAAUACUGACUGGCUGGGAACAUUCCAUUUGGCUGACCAAGUGCCAACUCGGUAAAUGCCAGCCCACAUGUUUCGCUCCUAUACCUGACUUCACCCUAGGCCUUCUCCUUGGUAUUUCCCUCAUGUUUUCACCCAUCACAAAUCCCCUCAGUUCCAUCCCAGUCAGCCUCUCAUAUUGCCUUCCUCCCUUCUUCCUUCUAUCCAGAUACUCCUUCCUAAAUUCCAAGACGCAGGGGCCAGUAUUGUUGUGCAGUGGAUUAAGCCUUCACUUACAAAGCCAUCAUCCCAUACUGCAGUGGUUUUUAAAGCCUUGGCUGCUCCACUUCCAAUCCAGCUCCCUGCUAAUGCACCUGGAACUGCAAAAAAUGAUGACCCAAGUACUUGGGCCCCUGACACCCAUAUGGGAGACCCAGAUGGAAUUCUGGGUUCCUGGACAUUUGGGGAGUGAAACAGCUAGAUAGAUUUCUCUCUCUCUCUUUCUCCUUCUCUCUCUCUCUCUCUCUCUCCCUUUAAAACAAAUAAAUACAUCUUAAAAAAAAGAUCUCAAGAAGCAUACGGACAAGGUAGGAUCCUCCUCUUACAAGAGAGAUCAGAGACUGAACGGGUAAAUCCAGAAACUUUGAGUGGGUGCAGUGAAGAGAUGACCUGGGCACACAGAGUGAGGAACUAUUUUUAUCUUGCCACAUACAGAAGCAGUAAUUGGGGGACAGCAGACAGCACUGGUGAGUGCUGUUUCACUACAGAACUCCUUGUAUUGAAAUGGGGAACACUUUUUAUCCUUGUCUCUGGGAGGGAUAAGUGGAAAGGGGAGAAAGGCCAAGAAAAUAGCCCUCUGCACUUGCAUUACCAAGAUACUACUGCUCUCAGAACAAAGGCACCACCACCUCACUCCGGCCAGCAUCACAUGGCACUCAUCAGAAAACUAGGGAAAGGUUGUUGAAACCGACAGCCACAGGCCUUGGGUUCAUUUGGUUUUACUUGAUUAGAAAAGUUUAUUAAGAAAGAAGUUGGAAGAACUUUCAGCUUCUGAAUUGUAAGGGGCAUUGUUUAAAAUAUAAUUCUGUUUGUUUAAAAUAUAAUUUAGUCCACUAAACAGAUCAAAUAAAAGUCAACACAAAGUAAAGCCUGACCAUGAAGUUGUGCUCGCUGGUUCUCAUCAAAAUACUUUC